AGACUGGGGUGGUGGGAAGCGGCUUCUGGCUCUUCUUUGUCACUCUCUGCACCAAAAAGAUUAUCAAUUGAGGGAAGCGACCAGGCUACCAGGUUGGGCAAAAUCGUUGCCGCUGUGUUGGAUGCCAUAAAAACAGAAUCCAGGGUCUUGUACUAUGCCGCAUCAGACGAUCAGUUUGAAAUUGGAAGUAAACAAACACUAAAUGGUUACCUGGAACUCGAAGCUUCAGCAGAGACUCCUGGACAGGAUGCUAGGUGA